AUGCGCUGCAUUGAUACUAACGCCACUCAUGUGCAGCGUCAAAAUGUUCCACCCUCAGCGCCCGCGCAAACCGCUGCUGCUCAAGCCUUCCUUGCCAACCGACAGUCCGGCACCAAUCUCUCAGCGUCCGCUGCAGCUGCGGCUUUGAGGGCCAUGUCUCCGACCCCUACUCCCGUUGCCGAGACGCAGACCAAGCGAAUGCUCCAACGUCAGAGUUCGACUGCUUCUCGUGGAGAUGGAGCCGAGCUGCAGAGGAGAAACAGUGGCGGGUCGAUGACUGAAAGGACGUUUCGAAGUCCUUCUCCCAAUCGCCCUGCCCAAAACCCUUCUAUGGAGAAUGCGCCUCCUGUUCCACCCGUCCCCAAAAGUUACAACGACAAUCAUAAUCAUAGGAGAGCGGCAAGUGUGGAGCCGUGGAUGCGCGUCGCGUCUCCACUACCAACAAAGAAGGGAAGCCGUGUUGCUAGCUUGGAUAGAGCACCGGUCUUCGCGCAGAAGAAGCUGAAGAGCCAACACCAAACAAGCGCGACGGAUGAGAAUGAGCUUGAGAAGUCUGGCAGUCGUGCCUCAGUGAAUUUCUCCUACCCUACAGGAGCGAGGCCCAAUUCCCCUCCAGUAGGACAGCAUCUGUCUCAGUCUCAGAACCAGGCUAUAAAUGGUAUCUUACAGCAAGCAGUAGAUGACAUACAGAAUACCCUCAGGCAAACUGCUGAUGAGCCAGUCAGGAAAAGAAAGAAGAGGGUUACAAAUGGCACUACUGAGGGUAGCCAUCUGGCUAGUGGGGGCAUGGGCGGUAAAGCUUCAGGAGCUGCUGUUGCCACUUCCUCGACCAUCGCACCGAACCCCGGAAAGACAUCGACUCCUCCAGCCAAGAGGAAGAAGAAAGCUAAUAGCAGCACAACACCUGAGAUCGAUUCUCGGCGGGAAACACCGGCCUAUGGCUCUGACUCGGACUCGACUCCAGAUACGUCUAAAGGAAGGAGAGCUAUACGUGCAUCAGGACUUCUAAACAAGCAGCCGUCCGUUGUCAGAGAAGAUUGGGAAGGGGAAAGGGGGGACUCUUCACAACUAGGGCUCAGGGAGGAACAGGGUUCCAAUGCUGGUCCGAGUUCCAUUAGCAGUCCAUCCAAAGUUCGAGGUAGGAAGGAAACAGCAAUUGCAGACAAGUCGAGCACGAUCAUGGAUACAUCGGACAACACGAUACGAGAAGCCAGGCCGACUCCACACCUCAUCACAACGCUACCCACACCAACUACGAAACCGAGAGCGGAAACUCCUUCCAAUGGCCACCUAGAAGUGAGCAAAGAUUCCGAUCGUCCGACCAGGCAGACUUCAAUCAGCCCCUCUCGAUCAACUCGCUUCUCUACACAUCUUGCCUCCGAAUUUUCUGGUAGACCAACACACGAGCCACCUCCACGCUCUGUCUCACCGGCCAAGUCCGCACUAAAGCACCAUUCACCCUCUCCACAGUCGUCCUCGCCAAUCGAUGGAGCUAGGACGAGUGGAUGGAAAAGAACGAGCCAAGCAUCCAGCGAAGCCUCCGAUAACGCAUCGAUGACAUCCGCAGAUGGUUUUGGAUCUAAACCGCAAAGGAAGAAGUCUGCCCGUGUGAGCUUUGAGGCAGCUCCUGACGUGGUCGGUACUGCUGCGGAUGUCACGCCAAGUGACACACCAGUCUUUGUGAGUCCCCAGCACAAAGACUCGAGCAAGAAGGGGUGGUUUGGUAGAUCAAAGGGUGGUCAUCUAGAUGCCAUACCGGCGGAAGAUGACAUGGAGGAGGUCAUGAAGCCCCGUCCUGUACUGCCCUCAUUUGGAAGUGUACGUGGCCGCAGAGAUGGAUCCGCAGAAGGCACAGUUCCGGUCGCUGAGGUUGUGUCUCCCAGCUCAUCAGAAAGUUCUUCAAGCUCGAAUCUCGCAACCAUUGAGACAUCUAUCUCCAGUGACCAUGCGAUUGGGGCUAUCUUCGCGCGUGAGGCGUUAAAAACUGGUCAUGAUGCGAAAUCGAACUCGACUUCGUCAAACCAUGGCCCAACAACAAGAAAGACGUCAGAAAGUAUUGAUCAAGCUGGGAAGAGUGUCACCAACGGUACCGUUCAUGCUUCGUCUGAUGAAAAAAGUGGCCUGUUCUUGACCCCUUCUAUUCCUUCUAUUGCGAUUCAGCCAGCUACCCCGGGCAUUGGUGAAACUGAGGCUCAAGACGAGUGGAUUGUCGAAGUCCCCGGCGGCUUCCCGGAGGCUUUCGAGCUGGAAGGAGACGCUCCCACGACUCGACAAAGAGAUGCCGUUGCAACUGAAGAUCGAAAGAUUACCACCUCCUCGCCAGCCGAGGCAGGCAUAUCAGAACCUAAACCUCCGCAGCUUGUGGCGGCAGCAGACCCUUCAGUACCUACAGUGGGCUCAAUAUCCGAAUCGUUUCGGCAUCAAAUUGAGCCAGAAAGUGAUACCGAAAGUGGAGGUAGUAGCAUCUAUAGUGAUGCAGCUGAAGACUUAUCAGAUCUUGAAGGGGAUGGUUUUGGCUCGAUCAAUGCAAUUGUGGAAAGUCCGGUCGUUGGGUUGCCGGCAGACCACAUGGCAACGCCUCCCGAUAGUCCGCUGGCAGGCAUAGCAGGCUCUGGACCCACCGCAGCUAGCACUCGGCACGGUUCUUGGGAACGGGCCGAGGCGCAUUGGAGGAAGGUGGCAGAGAGACAACGAAACAUUGACGAGGAUGAGCAGAGAGAACAGUAUACAGUGCAACCAAAGCCAAGGAAAAGAAAGAACCCCAGGAAAACUGGCCAGGCCGUGGCUGCUACACAGCCUCUGAACAGUAGCAGCCUGGACCCAGACUCACCUCAACGCAAUCAACCACAGACAUCAGCCUUCCCUGCGACCAGUCAAGGGAGAGCUGUAUCUGGACAAGGAGAGAUGCGACGAUCGAUGCGAGGUCAACCUGGAGAUACGUCAAGUGCGCCUGGGCUAAAGACCUCUAUGCGCACCAACAGACCGCCCGAGCCACAAGCUCGAUCUGUACCACCAACCAGCCUUCCCAAGGGAGCGCUUCAGAAGAAGAGAAUUCCUGCCUCUCCAGCAACCUCUUCGCCAGUGGCCGGAAAGGAUACGAAAAGCAGCCCUGCGAUUUCCCCGAGCUCCUUGACGCCGCUCCGCCGGACCUUGUCCAAUGGAAGUGAUUCUUCAAGCAGCUUCAAAAGAUCUCGGAGAAGACCUGCAUCAUCUACGAACAGAUCCACAAUGAGGACAAGCAUGCGUAGUGGUGCUGACCGGCCUGUUUCCCCCCCGGCUCUAGCUGGUCGCGGCGUUCGAUCUUUGUCACCACAAGAUCGUCGGCCAUUUUCGCCAAUGGGUCAGGGCACAAUGAGGACGAGUAUGCGUGGAUCUGGUGAUGCUGGUGUACCCUCUUUGCGGAAGCAAGAUCAGCAGCGGCCCUCGUCCACCAUUUCUGGAUUUGGUAAACCACGAUCGAAAGUCAAAGCCACGCCAUCCAAAGCACUCACAUCCAAGCUAAAGUCACGUUUUGCAGACUCAGACGAAGAUGUAUCUGAGCCUCAAACCUUUCGAUCUCGCUUCGAGGAUUCUAGUGAUGAGGAGGCCGGAGUGACCAAGUACCGCCCCGUCCGUGGGAUUCCAACGAGACCAGACGAGGGAGACUCUACCGACCUCGAAGAUAGUUCAGACGAGGCAGAGAAAAGGAGGGCGAAAUCUAGACGGCAGGGUCCAAAAUCGCCAGACGCUGUAAAUGGUGCGAGAACGAGCAUCGCCAAGGAGCCUGACAUCUCUAGUCCUGUUGAAAGUCUAGCGCCACCUGUAAAUGGCAAGAAGAAAGGCAUAUUCGGCCGCUUCGGUGGCAAAAAGAGCAAGGAUGUGACUACAGAUGCACAACCGACAAAGGCAGAACGAGACAUGCACAGCCCUCGUCUCAGGGCGGAUCUUGACGGAGGACGCAGUCCCGAGAUGCCGGCAUCACCUGAAGGCAGGGGCAAACUGCAACGCAGACAUACCCCCCAGCGGUUAACCAGUGACUCCUGGCCUCUUCCACUCAAGGCUACUGCAGAUGAUGAUGAUCGUCCACAAACCUCUAAUGGCACUGGGACUGCGCAAGACGCCAACGGCAGGCCGGGCUGGGGUACUCGGCAAGACACGUCUGGCACGGUGAGGACGGAGGAUGGGACUCCUGUUCUUGGAAGGACAGGAAAGAAGAAGAGAUUCCCAAAGUUGAGAAAGGCAUUCGGACUGCAUGAUUGA